CGGAAGAAGGAAAUGGUUUCGUACUUUUGCUGACUCCGACGACAUGGGAAGUGAACGACCCGCAAGGAGAGACCGAUCAGACUCAAGCAUAUGGCUAAUCUGCGUUUUAACAGCGGCCCUCAUUAUCACGGGUAUCUGCUGGAGGAUUCACGUGUCACAGAUUCGUCAGUCUUACCAAACAUGGCACCGAAACUCUAAUCUGUCCGAUCUUAUACGAAUGAACAACAAUCUCCGUCUCCAGUUCACUGAGAUGGAAACGAAGUACAGAUCUGUCAAAGAAGCCAAAGCUCAAAUCUGUGAAUUGCUGAUCAGCAGAAGAGAGCAAACAUGUUUCAAGGACUGGGUCACAAAUAAAGACCGGUGUUAUUACGUAUCCACGUUUGAUACCACUUUCCAAAAAGCGGAGCAAGAAUGUUCAAACCGUGACUCAAGGCUGCUGGAAAUCAAUUCAAGUGAUGAAGCGCGCUUUGUAUCCCACAAUCUUCUGGACAACAAACCUGCUUACUGGAUUGAAAAAUGCGAAAACGGGACUGUUGGCCAGAGUUUCCUGUACAAGCCCUCUGGAACGACCGUCUGCAGACGGUGCGGAAGUGGUGACUCUUGUGAUGUUCCCGAUCGGCGGUUCAUCUGCGAGAAGUCGGCACCUUUGUUCCCGGAUGUUCCUGAAAAGAUCCAGGGUCUCUGCCAACAGCCAGUGGAGUCGACAUGAAUCAAGUGACUGCCCCAAUUUUCUCCUCCUUCUCUCUCUCUCCUAAAUCCUUUCAAAUUCCCUCCCCACACUCUCUGUCCCUCCCUCCUACUCCAUCUCCUCUUGUUGCAAUCAUAUUCGCCCCACCAGACACCGACAAAUCCCUCUCGCCGUCUAUCCCCUUCUCUCUCGCCAUUCCCCCGUCCCGCUCUUCCGCGCUCCCUCUACCUUUCUCUCUACCCCCUCGCCUCCCCUUAUUUCCUCAAACUUUCUCCGCCCACUCUUUCUCUUCUCCCUCUGCACACCUCUUACAUCUCUCUCUCCUUCGCUCUCCCAGACACUUUCUGUCUACCCUCCCCGUUCUCUCUGAACCCUCCGUCUCCCUGAUCUCUCUCUCCCUCUCUCUUUCUGCUUUCAAUUCACUCUCACCUCAAUCCUGUCCCGACUGGUGCUCGAUAACCCAAACCUGGGUGAAAGUCUGUCCGCAUUCCCUCUGUCUGUGCCCCUCUUGUAUCACGGCAACGUGACCUCCCGACUCCUGUACUCAGUGUGACCGGAGAAGACCAGCGGGCCAAGUGUCCUGUCCACUCUUAUCGGAUGUUUUCCUCAAGAAUCGCUAUUUCAUUUAUUAUCUGAAACUUAUAACGCCUGGAAUUUGUUCUUUUGAAGGAUCAGUACUGCGCAAAGAUGUACAAUUAAUGUAAACUGCAAAUAUUAAUAAACACCGCAAAUAUGUCGAGUUUUUGCUGAUGCAUUGAAAGAUGUGAUGGCGCAGGGGAAGAAGCUGUUCUUGAAUCUCUGUGUGUGGGUGUUCUGUCUCGCGGAGCUGUCAAAUACACCUCCUACAAUACCACGUUCAAUCCCGUUAUCAUUCCCGGGAACCAUCUCCAAUGUCUCACAUCCCCUGUGAGAUAAGAGAUCGAGACCUGCUCACAAAACUCCAAAUGUGGCCACACCAAUGACGUAUUGAGCCUGAGACUGACGUCCUUGCGUUUACGUCCCAGUCCUCUCGAAAUGAAUGCAGUCCUCGCAUUUGCCUUCAUCACGACCGGCUCAAGCUGCAGG